AUGGGCAAUUCAAGCACCAAAGAGUCUCGUCCGGUCGACCCGGCGACUGACUAUCGCCAGAGUCAGGCUGCCUACCUGAACACCUCGACCUCAAGGGGAACCCCGAGCGAUCGCCCCAAUUCACGAAGGCAGAGUCGAUUUAGCAGAGCCGACCUGAACCUGCUCGGUCUCGGAGCAGCCGGAUCUUCCAGCGCCACCAGCAGAGAUGACGCCCCUUACGAGCGGAGAGAGACGAGACAAGAAAGAGAGGCCCGGCGACUUGAGAGGGAACGCGUUGCCAGAGAGAAGGAGCGUGAGCGUAGUAUGAGGGAGGAACAUGUCGAUGGCGGUUACCUCGUCACGCUUGGAACAUACACUGGCCCCGAAGACUUUAGCAAGCCCGUCGUCCGGCACUUGCAGAUUGAGAGGCGUCUUGCCCCGUUCUGGAGAGGCCUUAACGACUACUCUGACAACUGGACCGAGUACCAGCUCAUCUGCGCCGGUCGCGGCCUUCCUAUCCCCGCUGCCGACGAGCAACCCCCGCCCGAAUUCAUCCCGCAGGCGAACUCGCCAGGUUCUCCUACUGAGUCGUCACAGAACCUUGCCAGCCUGACCGUCCCGAUGGGCCCAAGGUCUUUGUCCGUUGGCUCAGAUCGCAGUGGCUCCAUGCCUGGCUCCGGUAUCUCAUCGCCCAACCCAGCUCAGCAGCAGCAGCGUAGCAGCUCGCCUUUCAAGCCUCGAGCGAAAGCUCUGGCCGCUGCCCUGAGCGGAGGAUCCCGCAGCAACUCGUCUGGCGAGGUCGCUCCCCGCGAGAUCAAGCUUCCCAACGAUCCCUACGUCAAUGGACAGCCCCUGGAGGUAUUCCUGUACAAGGACGCUUCUGAAUGCCCCAUCUGCUUCCUGACGUACCCGCCUUACCUGAACCGCACUCGGUGUUGUGACCAGCCCAUCUGCAGUGAAUGCUUCGUUCAGAUCAAGCGCGCCGAUCCUCACUAUCCCGAACACCACGGCGAACCGAAUGAUCAGCCCCCGAACCCCGCCAACCCGGAAGAAGCUCCUGAGAUGCUGAUCUCCGAGCCCGCCCAGUGCCCUUACUGCCAACAGACGGAGUUUGGCGUGACUUACGAUGCUCCCCCAUUCCGCCGUGGUCUCUCGUACGCCAUUGGAUACCCGUCGCAAAACACGGCGAUGUCGUCGCAGAGCUCCCUGAACUCGACCCUGUCCCCCACCUCACCCACUUCAAGCAGACGGCGUGCUCACAGUUUGUCGGCCAAUGCUCCAAACGUUAUUACCACGGACCGAGUACGCCCGGACUGGUCAACGAAACUUGCGGCACAGAGAGCACACCAAGCCCGAAGAGCUGCAGCGGCAACUGCCUUGCACACUGCCGCAUUCCUCAUGGGCAACAACGAGCAACAACGCGGUUUCGCCUUCACGAGGCCUGGGCGUUUUAGCCGUAGGAACACCGGCAGCCGUACUCCUUCUGGGCCCUCCACUAAUCCAACAGAGGAGAGCCCGAGCCGUCAUCCUGAAAGCGAAGCUGUCCAUGCUGGGCCCGAACCUGGGCCACGGAGUUCCUCGGGGCGUGGAGCUGUCAACAACAGGAGAAGCAGAAUGGAGGAACUGGAGGACAUGAUGUUUAUGGAAGCCGUCCGUCUCUCCCUUGCGGCCGAAGAAGAGCGGAAGCGCAAGCAGGAGAAGGUGGAGCGCAAGGAGGCCAAGAAGAGGGAGAAGGAGGAGCGCAAAGCUGUCAAGAAGCAGGAUCGUCAAAGCGUCUACGGGCCUGGGCAAAGCUCUGCUAGCGGAAGCAGUCUCUCCCUUGGUCUUGGACGACGCCGGGGAAACAGUACUACCAGUAACCUGCGUGUGGAAGCAACUCUUCAGGGAGCACAGUCGAGUUCUGCCGGCGCCAGCGCCGAGACAUCACCGAUCGUACCAACGAGCAACCCGGCGCCCACCUCGGCACCUGUUCCAGCUCCGACCUCGGCACCGAGCUCCAAGGGUAAAGCUGUCGAGCGCCCAGCUGUUGAGACGCAAUCGUCUGAGAGCAGCUUCCAGACCACCUCGUCAACUCCAUCGUUACCCAUCCCGACGACCGGUCGCGGCCCUUCUCAUCUCAGACAGAUGAGCAAUGCCUCAUCUAUUUCGUCCUCGCUGGCCGAUAGUGCUGCUGGAAGCUACACCAACCAGGCAUACCUCGAUCCCCGGGCAAGCGAGCUGAGCGUUGGCAACCGAAGCGAAGAGGGUGACCGUGACAACACGGAGCCCAUGUUCAACUUCCGGAGUCUCGCAGAGAUGGUAGGCGUUGAUAUUGAGAACGGCGAGGCCAAUCAUGAUCAGGAAGGAUUGUCAGGUGAAGGCCAGAGGGCCACUACCAGGAAGAAGGACGAAGUUGAGGACGAGCCCGAAGCCGAACACAUGGAGGAUGUCCACGUCGAGCCGCCCGUGCAGACCAGCAUCGGUACUUUGCAGCCGCCAUCUACCAUCCCCGAUGAACCUGUCGACGGCAGCAGCAGCAAGGACGACCUGUCUCCGGGCAGCGGGGCACUGACUCCGGAGGUCACCAUCACCCCGGAGACCCCAGCGCCUAUCACAGAAGAAGAUGCCGAGACCAAGAGGCUCGGUCACGAGAAUGUGGUGGAGAGGUCCUCCGAGAUUACACAGUGA